AAUGAUCGUUGCAAUUGAUUGCUAGAUUGCCAGAUUGCUAUCGCCGCUCGAUGCGCGCAGGAAUGACGUACGGCGCGGAAGGCGACUGGCGCGACCAUUCCACUCGAGUGGAUAUAUAAUGGAGGUGAGUCAACUCUCCAUCCUUCUCUCUUCAUCACACUGCCCUUUCCACUUCUCUUUUUUUCUUUCUCUCUCUCUCUCUGUCUCUCUCUCUCUCUCUCGCCACUACUCAACGCUUUUCUCAACGCACAAUCCUCCACAAUGCGUUUCUCCAUAAUCGCCUUCGCCGCCAUCGUCUCCACCGUCGCCUCCGCGCGUAGCAUCACCCCCGUUCGUCGCGACGACAUCGACGAGUACACCUUCCCCCAGGAGUGCUCGACCCAGUGCGCCAACGUCAUUCAGUUCCGCGACGCGUGCCGCGCGAAGAACAUUGAGAUUGACGACGACCGUGACCGCUGGCAGGGCGAGUGCCACGAGUGCCAGCUCAUCGCCGUCCAGGGCGCCGCCGAUUGCGCCUCAUGUCUCCAGGGCCUCCAGAACAGGACGGACGACACGGACGACGUCGUUGAGGACAUGUUGGACGCCCAGCGCAAGUGCGCGAAUGUCACCCAGAGCGGCGUGUCGAACCAGGUUAGCCAGACUGCCCAGGUCAGCCAGAGUGCCAGCGCCGGCGGCCAGCAUGCCAGCGGCGCCAGCUCCGCCGCUGCUCCCGUUGGUUCGACUCCCGCCCCAGCUGCCUCCUCCAACACGAACGGCGCGUCAGCUGUUGGUCUUAGUGGUGCCGCUGUUGCUGUUGCUAUCAUGGCCGCGGCUGUUCUCUAAGCUGCCGAGCUCAAGCGUCCAGCCUGACGAAGGUCGUGUUAGAUGAGCGUAGUUCGUCUUGUACAGUAGAUUGAAUGAAAUCAUGAGCUUGUG